CUUGAGCAAGAUGGGAACUAGACACUGUUGCUUGAGCUGGUUUCGCUGCUGCUGUCCUGGAUGUUUGGGAGAAAAGCACUUUUCGUGACUGCUGUGACCGGAGAGGCGGGAUAAGUGUGCGGUUUAUGGUUUAAAGUAUACACAACAGAGGAACCAUUGGAUGAUACCUUGGAACAAAAUAGAACAUGCCAGCCCAUUAACUGGGUUAUGUAUAGAGGAUAUCAGGAACAAAUUGGAUAAUAUUAAGCUUCUGACUCGCCUAUUAACCAUGAAUGAUGACGAGAAAAAGCUUCCUGAAAGAAUCCUGAAAGGCAUCCUAGAGGUCCUCUCCCUGCUGACUGGGGAGGUCACACUUGUACAGCAUCUGAGUAACUCACUAACGGUGAAGGAGAUGAACAGGGACAAGAAGAUAUUUGAUAGAAUUAUGAAUCUCAUUCAGGAGAUUAUGCGCUUGAUGACCAGAGAGGAGUACACCAGUGUGAAGAAGAACCUCCCCCACAGCAGCAUUCAGCAUCUGACUAGAGAGGGUGAGGAUUCUGCAGUCUCUCUAUCAAUGGAAGUUUGGGAAUAUCCUGAAGGGCAGAUGGAAAUGUGUGUGAAUCGCAGGGCGCUCAAAUCCUUGGGGAGUGUAUCACCCGAGAGCACAGGAAGCCAUGAUGAAAAUGUAGGCACCAUAUUAAUCGGUGAGGGGGGAAAGUAUACGAGAGAAAAAAAGGAUAUUAAACAGGAGGAAACUGAGACUGAUUUAUGUGCAGCAGAUACAUCCAAUACCAAUGAUGUCAUAGAAGAAUUCCAGAACAAAGUCCAUACACCAACAGAGGAUACCAACAGUGUCUCCCAGUUGGCACCCAGGGAUUUUCCUCUACAGCAGAAAGGAGAUUCCCCAUCUGCCUCUUAUCAAUACAAGGACAAAGCACAUCCUUCACAUGAAAAGUUUAAUAAAAAUUUGAAUAAUAAAGCAUCUGGGACUAGAGUAAUUGAUAAGAAAUCAACAACAGUCUGUACAAAAUCAGCCAGCAGCAUGUUAGAUUGUAAGAAAGAGCAAACAGAAGAGGUGGUUAGUUCAAAGAGCAAGCAGUUUAUUAUAGAAUCUAAGAUUGUAGAUGCAAAUCAUGAAUCCCAGCCAAAAAAGAAACAAUAUGAUUGCCCUGAUUGUGGAAAAGUGUUUAUAGUAAAGUCCAAGUUGGUUGAACACCACAGAAUUCAUACAGGAGAGAAGCCAUAUGUUUGUCCUGAUUGUCAAAUGGCUUUUACUAAAAGGUCACAUCUUGUUAGACACAGUAAAACUCACACGGGUGAGAAACCAUACGUAUGCCAGACAUGUGGGAAAGGCUUCUCUGAAAGGGCAAAUCUGAUUAAACACAACAUAAUUCAUACAGGUGAAAAACCAUAUGUAUGCCAGACAUGCGGGAGAGGUUUCUCAGAAAGGUCCACUUUAGUUAGACACAAUAGAAUGCAUACAGGAGAGAAACCAUAUGUUUGCCAGGAAUGUGGCACUGCCUUUUCUAAUAGGUCAAGCCUGGUUAAACACCAGAUAAUUCAUACCAAUGAGAAGCCAUAUGUUUGUGACAAAUGUGGCAAAUGUUUUACUCAAAAUGCUAGUCUUAUUAAGCACAAUAAAACUCACUCUGGAGAAAAACCUUAUACUUGUAGUGACUGCGGGAAAAGUUUCUUUGAAAAAUCAAAUCUAGUUACUCACUACCGAACUCAUACAGGAGAGAAACCCUAUGUGUGUCAGGAAUGUGGGAAAGGCUUUGCAAACAAAUCAAAUCUUGCUGCACACCAAAUUAUUCAUACUAAUAAGAAGCCAUAUGUUUGUGAAACGUGUGGGAAAUGUUUUACUCAAAAUGCAAGUCUUUUUAAACACAACAAAAUUCACAGAGGGGAGAGGCCACAUGCUUGUAAUGAAUGUGGGAAAAGUUUCUUUGAAAAAUCUAAUCUGGUUACACACUAUCGAAUUCAUACAGGAGAAAAACUGCAUAUUUGUCAGGAAUGUGGUAAAGCCUUUGCUAACAAGUCAAAUCUGAUUGUGCACUGUAGAGCUCAUACUAGGGAAAAAACAUAACUUGUUAUUUAUAGGGAUACAGUACUAGUUUCAAUAGAUUUAUGAAAAUUGUAUUACUCUUAUCAGGGUAAAAAUGGUUAAAAGAGCAUUCUAGUGCCUAAUUCUUUCGAUCACACAUAAUUUGCACUGUUGAGGCUCCAUUUCUAUUUAACCUCCACAAAGAGGCACAUAGUUAAAGUUCUGCUCAUAAACCACUGGUCUUGAGCAGGAAACAAACAGCCAGUUGGCAGUGGCAGUUUCACGACCCUGCACAUUAAAGGCUGUGUCCAACCUGCAAUUGUGAAAUCGCCAUCAAAUUUACGCAUUCCCCAUUGGAGUCUAGGGAGAAAAGAGAGUUUUUAAAAAUCCUAAUGUCCUAACAUAAGCCCCUAGUCUCAUAACCCCUAAACCGCCCCCCACAUCGCCAACAACUAAAUAGAUUUAUUAACCCAAACAGACGUCCCCCCACAUCACAACUUUAAAUUAAAGUUACAAUAUACUAACUUCCUUAAAAUAAAUAAAAACCUACCUGUGAAAAAAAAUUAAAACCUAAGUUUAAACUAAAAAAAAACAUUACUUGUUUAAAAAAUAAAAAAAUACCAAAAAUAAAAAACCUAACAUUACAAAAACAAGUAAUAAAUCUAAAAUUACAAAAAUAAAAAA